CACCUGCUGGCUGUGUCUACCCCAAUUCUGUUCACUUCAGAUCCUGCGCAUAAUCGUCAGCUAUUAACAAUAUACAUACUCCUGACUUUGUUAUACUCAUAUCCACACUACUAUCAAACACCAUACUCCACCAAACCUCAUCUAGAAUUGACGUCAGCUUUGCAGCCCGCCUUCUAUCUUUUCCCAUGCGACGCGACCAACCCACCAAAUUCGAACCAUCCCACCGUUGAGACUUCCCAUACAGCUCGCCCUACAAUAAGGCACACGAACCACAAUCCGCGUCCUCAAACAUGACAUCCUCUGUCUCACCCUCGCCUACCAUCCUCCUCCCCCACCUACCACCGAAGACCCUUGUCGGCAUCGAUCUCAUCACCUUCACAUCCACCCCCAACUUCCACGGGAUCCGCUACCUACCAUCCGGAUGGCACUUCCUAUACACCGGCACAACCGAGAGUCUCUCACUAAGAAGCGGCGGAUGGUUCUACGUCGGUGACCUCAAUACCCUCGGCGAACACCAAGACGGAGCGAUCAUCCCCGCACAUACGAGCGCAGACAUCAUAAUCUGGAAAUGGAACACGGAUACCGAGACCCUAUCUCCAUUAACUGCCAACAGCGACGCAGAUAAACAGGAGGCGAUGCGACAUAAAGCGAACCUGGGGGCUAUUUGGCAACGAGGUGGAUUGUUCCGAUACUGCAGUCGAGUAUCUCCAGCGGCUCUAUCGCAGCAGAAUUCUGGGCGGCCAGUACAAUAUGAGAUUGACGAGGAGGAUGAACAAGAGGGCAGACAGACCUGGAGAGAUCUGACGGAUCGGUUGACGCCGGGGCUUCUGAUGCGGGUUGUUGGCGAUCCGGUGCGGGAUGUCGAUGGUCGGCCGCGGUGGAUGGUUACGUCGGCGAGUUCGGCGCAGAGGGAUAACGAUGUCAUACCGGGGAUUACGGAUACGGAGCAGGCGGAGGAGUUGGAGAAGGUUACGGGGGAGAAGGAGAGCGAGUUCUCUUUCUUGCCGGUUGAUCUGAAGAGGACGUGGAGAGAGGGGGCUAUUGGGCGUGAGAGGACGGAGGCUGCGCAGGAUCGCUCGUGGGCGUUGGGGGAUCUGGUGCAGCGGUUUUCGAACUCGGGUGGUGAGCGGGGUGGGGAGGCUCAGGUGCUGGGGGAGUUGCAGUUUACGUUUUUGAUGAUCUUGACGUUGAUGAAUUACUCUUGUCUUCAGCAGUGGAAGAGGCUGUUGGAGUUGGUUUUGACGUGUCGGAGUGCUAUACGGGAUCGGGAGAUGCUGGUGAGCGGGGUGCUAAGGUUGCUUUUGCUACAGCUGAAGAGGUGUGAUGAUGUUGAAGGGGGUCUAUUCGACCUUGAUGGGGAAGAAGGUGGGGAGUUCCUGCGGAAGCUCCUUAUCAAGUUUAGACGGUCGCUUUACGAGAUCGUUGAUGGGACGGAGUCGGUGGUGAAGAUUGAAUUUGACAAGCUCGAGGCUUGGGUCAAAGAGGAGUAUGACUGGGAGCUCAAUCGCGAGGUUGUGGUCCGACGGGGAAUGGUUCAGCUGGAGGAUGGUGAACAGGUGGAGCUGGACAUGCACGAUGAUGACGAGGACGAUGAGCUAGGAGAGUAUGCUCCGAUGGUGGUGGAUUUGGAGGAGAACUAACUCUACGCCG